AUGGCCCCUGAUCUGAAAAAGACUAUCAAAAUCGCCGCUGUCCAGGCGGCACCGGUAUUUCUUAACCGUGCUGGAACCACUGAGAAAGUGUGUCGCCUCAUCCGCGAAGCUGGCGAGAAGGGGGCAGAUGUUAUUGGAUUUCCUGAAGGCUUCAUCCCCUGCUUCCCAUCAUGGGUUGAGAUUCUUCCCCUGGUCUCUGAGCCAGCCCUCUCUUUGUACCGCGAAUUCUUCCACGAAGCCGUCGAGGUUCCCGGGCCAGAAGUAAGCGCAAUCCAAGAAGCAUGUCGAGAUGCCAAUAUAUAUGCCGUCGUGGGCAUCAACGAGAGACGUGCAGGCAGCACUGGUACACUCUUCAACACGCAAUUGAUGUUCGGGCGCGAUGGCGAGCUGCUGCACAAACAUCAAAAAUACGUGCCAACCAUCGGAGAGCGGCUGAUCCACGCUCCUGGAGCUACCGGAAGUAAAGCUUCCGUACAGACCGAUUUUGGCUGUCUGAGCACUCUCAUUUGCGCCUCACUCUCUUGUUUCGUCAUCAACUCCGUCGCAGUAGUUUCCAACGAGGCCAUUGACGCGUAUGGCGGCGACGAGGCAGGGCGUAAAUUCCUGCACAAACAUCAGGAGAAGACUGACCGCGCCACAAUCCUUGGACCCAACGGCUCCAUAGUUGCAGGGCCAUUUGAAGAGGCCCAAGAAGGAAUUCUCUACGCAGAUGUCAGUGCAAAUGAUUUGGUGAUUCCGAAAUACGUUACAGACUAUGCUGGACACUAUAAUCGCCCGGAGCUCUUUGCCCACCAUUUCGCGAAGUAUUUUGAGAACGGACAAGGCAAUGAGGCAACUCAGUCUUGA